AUGGCCGGUCGCGAACUGAAGGCGCUGUUGAACAAUGGCGAGCAGGGCGCUACUUACACUGCUACGAUCUCGAUCGCUGGCGCCACUGUGGAGCUCCCCCCCGAGCAGAGGAAGUGCUUCUCCGAUGAUAAGCAUCCUUUCACCGCGACCUCCUUCGACUUUCUCGCCUGCGUGGUAGUUCGGAAGUGCGUGUCCCCGUCGCUCCAGGAGGCGAUACAGGUGGUGCCCUCCAAUGUUGUCGCGGACAUCGUCGCAGGUGGUGAGGCCGCGCACGUGGCGUUUGACGGUCUGCUUGGAUGUAAGCUGGUCGCGUUCUGCAUUUGGCCCGGAGUACUCAACGACCUCGAUGCGGUUGUUGGACACGACCCUGCGCCUCGCAUUGCCAAGCCAAUUGCCAGGACGCUGACCACAUUGCGGCAGGAUGCGAAACGUGCCGCGGAGGAGCUCGCGUUCAGGUCCAGGUGCGGGAUUGCGGACGGCCAUGGGGGGGAUCACGAACGUGUGAGGUCGCACGAACAGCCGGCGGGAUCAUAUGAUUCGGGUCGCGAUGCACCCGCACUCAAUACAGCUCUUGCGCUCGCGAACGCAGGGGAGGAGGAGCAAGGGGAGGGGGAGCAGGAGAAACCGGACAAGGAGGAGGGCUCGAGCUCUGACCGCGACGAGGACGCCCCUGUGAACGCGCCGCAGGGUUUAGGUGCCAAGAACGCGCAGGAGGAGGCAGACGAGGCAGAGGGACAGGGUCGCGGAGAGGUCGAAGGGGAUGCUGCGGAGGAUGACCAGCGCGGUGAUUUGGAGCUGGAGGCUUCGGUAGAAGUGGAGGGGGAAGAGGAUGAGGAAGAGGAGGAAGACGUGGAGGAAGUCGCGGCCAACAAUGCCUGGCGGGAGGCGAGCGCGGUCGCGGGUGCAGGGAAGAGUAUUCGCGGUCUGCAGGCGGUGCUGUCCCCCCGUCACGGUAGCGCGACCCCGUCGACAGAGUAUGCGGGCAAGAGUCCUGUCGCGGGCAAGCGUAAACACUCGGAGCUGGUGAAGAUGGAUCCUGCUAAGCUGGCCGCGGAGAUCCUCCGAUUGGACGAGCAGGUGAAAAAUCAGAAGCGCAAGCUGGACGAGCUCGCGUCCGCAAAGCCCCGCAGGGGAGGGAAGCGGCAGAAAGGUCCCGCGGCGAAUAGCGUCAGCGAUCUCCUUAAGAAGGGGGGCGCGGUCGUCGUGCGCUGCGGGGGAACCACCAUGCGGGAUGCGGCUGCGGGACCACCGCCUGCCACCACGGAAUUGGAAGCUGGUAAAGGCAAGGCCAAGGUCGAGGACGCCCCGCCCACCACCACCGCCAUCACCACCGCGAUAGUGCCCGCGGCAGGCAACACCGCCGCGGUCGCGCCUGGACAGCCUGGACCCAGCUCCAUCGCCCCUGCAAUCCCCCCCUCUGCAGAUGUAAAGGCGAAGAAUCAGGGCCGCGGUGGUUGUAAGCCGCCUCCAGCCGCGUUGAAGGCGGACCACGAGGACGACGACGACUCGGACGCGGACGAUGAGGUUGAGCUGGUGCUGCAGAGGUUCAUGGGGCCAAGCGACACCAGCGGCACUAGCGGCAAGCGCAAGGGCUGUGGUAUCCGCCCUCCGCCCAGGGGUGGAGAGGGGAUGGUGGGCGAACCGUGGCUGGGGGGGAGACGUCGCUGGCUGGGACAUCACUCCUACCAAGAGGUGCAGUACCUGACCGCGAUCGCGGUCAUGUGUUACGACAAGAAGAUAGACCCCGGGCUCAAGCUGAAUGUGCAGCAGAAGAGUGAGUGGGCCGAGGAUAUCUCCGCGGCCGGGACGAUGUGUACCGGGCUAUUCACCACCAUGCACCUCCGCAACCUUUGCGGCAACGUAGACAGGUACCACCACAUGUUCAAGGCCUACCGCGACCUCACCCGCCCCGGUUCCACCCUCGGCAACGCGGUCGCUUGGGCAGCAGCGGUGGGGAAGGAGGCCGCAGAUGAGGAGCCCGAUGUCACCGGCGCCCAAGAGGGCCUGUUUGCUGGCGCGGUCGCGUGCGCCAUAGCGAUGGUGUGGGAGACCUGCAACGGUCUCGAUCUCGAGGGUAUCGUGGAUGCUGGAUACGUCGCGGCGCAGAGUGCUGGCACUCCAGAAGAAAAGGCCCGCGCGUACGUCUCGAUCGUGACCGCGGUCUUCAAAUGGGCCAGGAAGGAGAGUGCUCGCACGCAACCCCCCGAGGUCACACCGAAACAGGUCGCGGAGAAGAUAGAGACCGCGGUCGUGAACCGACUUGGUGCGCGACUUGGGGACCCCACACUGGUCGCAAUGGUCGCGCACGAGGCAGUUGACGUGCUGAUGAGCUGGAGCGACUGCAAGAUCGCGGCCAAGUCCAUGGAGGCGAACGGGCUCUAUCUUGCUAUGCCCGACAAGCGUCUGUCCGCGAAGAAGAGGUCCGCGUGA